AUGGAUUUAAUAAAGAAAAACGAAAAAAAAGAACAAGCAUCGAGAGAGUUAAAACACACGAGUAAAAAAUCAAAAGUUAUACCAAGAGAAACAUCCAGUAAAAGAAGUAAAAAGGAUGUGAAUCUUGUUAAAGAUUUUACAACGUUAGAAGAUCCCGACUUGCCAUUAUCUGUUGAAGAAGCGUUGGAGGAUUGCGAGAUUACGAGAUUUACUUUUCAAGAUAAUAAACGGAACAAAUCUAGUAAGAUUUCAAAUAAAGCUAGGGACGUUGGAGCUGAAAUACUUUUAAUAUAA